AUGUUCAAGGCUUUACGUGUAGCAACUAUUGCUAGACAUGAAAGAGAAAAAGUCGAAGCACUUGUAGAUAAACGUAAAGGUGAACUACAAGAAUUAAUCGAAAAGACAACUGAAAGUGAACGGAAAAGAUCAGCAGAAGAAAAAAUGUCGACUAAAGAUGUUGAAAAAGUAUUUGAUGAAAUGUUUAAUCAUAUAAUUCAAGUAAUUCGAUCAGAAUUUAUUCCUGAAGAACGUCUGAAACAAGCUUAUAAAACCAUCUAUGCAAAUUAUAAUAUCUAUGAAAAAGAAUAUUUAUUCAAAUUUCAACAUGUUUCCGAACAUUUGCAAUUCUUUUCAAAUUUCAAUCAAGAUAAAACAUCGAUUAAUCAAAUUGAAAACGGAUUAAUUUUACAAUUUUCAAGAGAAGGUUAUAAAGAAGAUUUAGUUAAAGUUCAUCAUUAUAAUCCAGAUACAAAUUAUUCUUCAAUUAUGAUUAAAAGUCUUUUCUAUCUAAAUAAAGAUUUAUUACAAAAAGCCUUUAAUGAAUUUUACGAAUCAUCAACUUAUGAAGAUAAACAUCGAGAACAAGCAGUUUCAUCAGAAAUAAUUGUCAAUUCUGAUGCUUUUCAAAUGAAGAUUAGAAAUGAUAUUCAACAACAAAAACCGAUUAUCCGAGAUGUAUCAAUAUUAGAUGAAAGUCAAAUGUAUUUUCCAAUAUCAAUCGCUUUUAGAGAAGUUAUCACACGAAUUACGAAAGCAAUGCGAUCUGUGGAAAAUGGUAAAAUAAGACAAAUUCAAAUACAAUUAAUACAACAAAUUGUGGGUCGUAUAGAUUCAUUGAUAAUGAAAGUUAAUGAGGAAUUAUAUCCAUUCUGUUUAAGUUUAUCUCGACCAUUAAAAGCAACAUUUCAUUCUUGUGCAGUUAUUUUACUUACAAAAUAUUACUAUGAUGAACAAAAAGACUAUUUUGCUGAAACUUUAUCAAAAUUAGAAACACAAAAAGACAAUCUUAAGCAAUAUUUUAUAGAUAGGGUUAUUCCGGAUACGAAAGUUGAUACGGAAGUUGAUAAGAAAUAUGCAAUAAGACUUUGUAAAGACAUAAAAGAAUCUUUUGUCCAAUUUAUAAUUGAUGAUGGACAAAAUAUAAUCAAUAAAAGAUUGAACAAUUGUACACAUCUCAACCGAAAAUGGAUUCAAGAUCGCUGUGAUGCGAGAUUGUUAACUGAUCAAGAGACUCAAUGGUACUUAGAUUAUAUUAAAAAUCCAAGAAAAUCUUUUGAACAACUCUUCAAAGAUAUAUGGAAAGAUGUUGAAGCAAUAAUUAAUAGAGAAUUAGUGGCAAGAAAAUUAUUUUAUGCUGAUAUUUUAAAGGAAUUUUUUACUUGCAUGGAACGUAAGUUAAUAUUAAAUUUGAUAUGA